AUGAACCAAUCCGAGCCGGUUGAUGAUGAAUUUGUCGAGGAUCUCUAUGAUACCAUCGUUUAUCACAGAAUCAACAUGCUCGUCGCCGCGUUCAUAUUCGCGCUGAAUCUCCUCCUGUUCGCCGUGCUGUUGAGCAAUCCAACAAUGUACCGAAAACCGAAGAACCAGGUGCUCAUCAUUCUCGGAAUGGCCGACACGAUGAACACAAUCUCGAUAUUUUUCAUGGGCUGGAAUCGGGUGGCGUUGUACACCCGCGUGGUGAACACCCACCAAAUUCCGGUGCGAACGAAUUGGCAGUGCGCCAUGGAGCCGUGGCUGGUGUUGCGCGGCAUCGGCGACGUCUGGCCGCCGAUUGUCCAAAUGAUAUUUGUGGUUCAAAAAUGCGCAGCGGUCUUCGCGCCCGUCUGGUAUUUUCAGCACUUCAAGAACGGCUCGAUCGUCUUGUUCGCUUCAAGUCUUGCCGUCUUGGCCGUCAGCCUGCUCGUCGGAUUCGUCGGCGUGUUUCUGAAAGAGUCGAAAAAAGCCAAAUACUAUUGCGGACGAAAAGCGGCGUUCGGCACCGAUUAUGCGACGUUCAUCUACGCCAUCAACAUUCUCGGCUAUUUUUUGAGUUUCGUUAUCAAUUGUGUCAAUUUGGUCAAGGUUUAUGUUACAUCGAACAAACGCGUUCGACGCCAAAUGAAGAAUGUUCGAUAUUUUCUUGUCAUUUCCUUUCUUUCUUUCGUUCUAGUCUCAAUUCCGAACGCGAUAUCGCUAUUUUCAGCGCAUUUCGAGCAGGCGGCGAAUUUCAUCUCAAAACCGUCGACAUGGUUCAGUUGCGCCAAUUCGGGCAUCAACAUUUUCGUCUAUCUGUCGCUGAACCCGGAAUUCCGGCAACAAUUCAUCGCGCUCAUCUACAAUCGCAAUCCGAAGGCCGUUUUGCACACCGAGUCGGACAAAUCGAACGGCACGUCGCGUCAGCGAACCACACCGCUCGUUCGCGUCCAAUGA